AUGACAUGGCAAGAAUACGUAGAUGUUGAAUUAAUUGGUUCUGGGUAUUGUAAAAGUGCUGUAAUAAUUGGGAUGGAUGGAACUGAAAAUGCAGUUUCACUUCAUUGCCAUUUAGAAAAGAAUGAAAUUGCAAAUUUAAUAUCAUUGUUUGGUGAUUCCAAGAAGAGGCAAACAGGAAUGAAAAUAAAACUUAAAGGGACAGGAUGUAUUAUUCAAUAUGGAGGUGAUAGAACAAUCACUGCCAUGUCAGAAAAAGAAGACGAAGGUUUUGUUAUUGUAAAAACAAAACAAGUAAUAAUUGUUGCAACAUAUGGAGACUAUAUGAAAGAAGAACAAUGCCUUUUGGUUGUUGAAAAAUUAGCUGAUUAUCUAAUUCAAAAAGGUUUUUAG